AUGGGCCAACUACAGUUUUGCGGUGAUGCUUUCGGCAAGCUUCUCGAUCUCAUAGAAUUCCUGGUGGGACAUUUGUUCUUCGGCAUUCUGAGCGAUCAUUGGUCUCGCCGGAAUACGUUGCUCAUUUCCACCAUCAUUCUCAUUAUCUUUUCGAUCCUUUGCGCCGGCGCAUAUGGAGCCGGCGGCAGCACCCAAGGCCUGUUCGCUGCGCUCUCAGCCUACCGUUUCCUGAUCGGUUUAGGAAUAGGAGGGGAAUACCCUGCUGGCUCAGUUGGCGCAGCCGAAUCGACCGGCGAACUCAAGAAAGGCCAUCGCAAUCGCUGGUUCAUCCUGGCGACCGACUUUCAAAUUGAUCUCGGCUUUGUCAUCAGCGCAUUCGUCCCGAUGAUCGUGGUGCUUGCGACUGGUGAAAACCAUCUGCGUGCAGCAUGGAGAAUCUGUCUGGCUCUCGGCGCGAUUCCGCCUCUCAGCCUGCUCUACCUCCGAAUCAAGCUGCAAGAACCAGAGCAAUAUAACCGCAACAAGAUGAAUAAGUUCCCUGUGUGGCUGAUUGUCAAGUUCUAUUGGUGGAGAUGUACGGUUAUUUCAAUCAUCUGGUUUGUCUAUAACUUCUCCGCUUACUCCUUCGGCAUCUUCGCAUCGUCCUGGCUCGUUUUCAUCCUGCCCACCGAUGCACCCCUCUGGAAGAAUUUCGGCAUGGCCACCGCAAUCAACAGUUUCUGGAUCCCAGGUUCGUUUUUGGGUGCUUUCCUUGCUGAUUGGAUUGGUCCCAAAUGGUGCCUUAUCGCGGGCGUCUUGUUGCAAGGGAUCGUCGGAUUUGCCAUGACUGGCGCCUACGCGGAACUCAACCACCCGUCUCGAGUUGCCGGGUUCAUCAUCCUGACUGGUAUCUUCAUGGCUUUGGGCGAGGUAGGACCAGGCGACAACAUCGGCCUCUUUGCUUCGAAACUCUCCUCCACUCCUAUCCGAGGACAGUUCUACGGCAUUGCAGCGGCGUGGGGGAAAGUGGGUGCUUUUGUCGGCACCUAUGUCUUCCCGCUCUUGAUCGAUGCUGCCGGCGACGACACGGUCAAGCAAGGGCAAUACCCCUUCUGGGUAAGCAGUAGCCUGUGCAUCUUCAGCGCGAUCGUGGCCUUCGUGGGACUGCCAAACGUAGGGCAGGGCAUGAUUGAGGAAGAGGACGAGCGGUUCCGGCGCUAUUUGGAGGAGCAUGGCUACGACACGAGCAAGCUGGGGACUAAGAAGUUCAGAGAGGAGACGACCGGAGCACUGUAG